AUGUCUGCUGCAAAUAGCCCUAAGGUUGGUAACAUAUGGGUAAAAUGCUAACCGCAUUUAGAUGAAAUAAACUAAAAUGCUAGCUCUUUUAAGGCAGAAAUUUCAAAUAGCCUUGAACCUUUUGAGAGUUUACACGGUUCAGGACACCUCAGGCUGCAUGAAAAUAAAAUACAAUUUUGUAAAGGAACUUAAAACAUAGUAUUUUUGUAGCUUAAUGAUAAGAUAACCUACUAAAUGAUAAUUGAUGACGAGACGAGGCAGUGCUUUAUUUAGUUCAACAAGUAUCCUAAAUAGUCCUACGUGUAGAUAGAAUAUGAUAAUAAAGACAUAAUUGACGAGUAUCUCAAAUAAUACAUUUUUAAACUUGACUUCUACAACUAUUACACCCUCUAGAAGCCUAUUUCCCAAGAUUAAAAUGUUUAGAUAACUCAAGUAAUAAGAAAAUCUGAUGGCUCUACUUAUAUCUCAAGAAAUUAUUAAAAAAAUAAAGUUAAUAUAGCAAAAGAAAAGAAAUAGUUUUUCAAUGAAGUGAAGAUGCUUAGAACAUUGAACCACAAGCUAAUUAUAUAAGGGAUAGAUUACUUUGAAUCUGAUAAUACCUAUAAAAUUGUAGUUUAAAACUUUGAAGGAAAAAAACUCAGUGAUAAAUUGAGGGUAACAAAGAGUUUAACAUUGUAAGAAGUCUGCGUGAUAAUAGAGCAAAUAUGCUAAGCCUUGAAAUAUUUGCACUCUAAUAACAUAAUUGUUCGAAACUUGAAUUUAGAAUCAAUCUAAUUUAAGUAUAACAACUCAUACAAUCUUCUAAUUACUUGCACUAGAGAUUUUCAACGUAUUGGUGAUGAAAUUAUUCCUUUUGACUCAGAUCCAAAUGGAUUUUAAGCUCCAGAAGUUGCUUUUGCUAACAAUCAAAAGGAUAUUACCACUAAAUGUGACAUUUAUUCUUGUGGUUCAAUCUUUUAUAGGCUGGUUGCAGGAAAGACAUAUCAAUAAUCCUUGACAUCAUAAGUAGAAUAUUUAAACUAGAAGUCUAAUUUUUUCAGUGAAGAAUUUAAAACAGUACCAAUUUAAG